AUGAUGGAACGUCUUGUGUCUAUAUCAAGACCAGUGGCCAAUGCCCUUUGUUCUCAAUGCGUCAGAAAUAGUCCUAAUUUAAUUUUUCAACGAUCUGUUCAUAAAGUGGCACGUGAACCAUUUUUAAAUGCUUCAUCAUCAAAUUAUAUUGACGAAAUGUAUGAACAAUGGUCAAAAGAUCCUCAUUCUGUUCAUAAGUCGUGGGAUCUUUACUUCAAAAAUCAAGUUUAUCAAAGACCACCAACACUGGGCUUCGCGCCACCAUCUCCUGCGUUGACACAAUAUUAUCAAAUGACUGGAUUUUUACCAUCUGGUCAACAAAAGCAAGAACAAUCAACGCAAUUACAGCCAUUAGAUGAAACUUCUACUACACAAGGAUUAUCUCUUAAUAAAAGAGCUAUUACCGAUCAUAUGGCUGUGCAAGCACUCGUGCGAUCAUAUCAGAUGCGCGGACAUAAGUUAGCUCAAUUGGAUCCACUCGGGAUAAAUACAGCUGACUUAGAUAGUGAAAGACCAAAUGAUUUGACUCCUAAAUUCUAUAGUUUCAGUGAAGCAGAUCUUGAUCGCAAAUUUUCUGUACCUCCGAAUACAUUUAUCGGUGGCAAUGAAAAAGUAUUAACAUUAAGAGAAUUAAUUACUCGUCUUGAGAACGUGUAUUGUCAGACAAUCGGUCUCGAAUAUAUGUAUAUAAAUAGUUACGAAAAAUGUAAUUGGAUCAGACAUCGUUUUGAAGAUCCAUCGUUGAAAAAAUUAACAGUAGACGAAAUUGAACGAAGUGUUAAACGUUUAAUUCGUGCCUCAAAAUUUGAAGAAUAUUUAUCGAAAAAGUGGAGUUCAGAAAAACGUUUUGGUUUAGAAGGUUGCGAAGUAUUGAUACCGGCAAUGAAAAUAGUCAUUGAUGUUGCAUCGGGCAAAGGUGUUGAUACUAUUAUUAUGGGUAUGCCUCAUCGUGGACGAUUAAAUGUACUUGCAAAUGUUACACGUAAACCACUAGAAGAAAUAUUUUGUCAGUUUGAUCCAAAAUUAGAGCCAUCGGACGUUUCAAUUGAUAACACAUACAUUAUUGGUACUGGUGAUGUCAAAUAUCAUUUGGGUACUUGUAUUGAACGAGUCAAUCGAGCUACAAACACUAUGGUUAAAUUGUCUGUUGUUGCUAAUCCAUCGCAUUUGGAAGCUGUUGAUCCUGUGGUACAAGGUAAAACACGUGCUGAACAAUUUUACCGUAAUGAUAAGGAAGGUGACAAAGUGAUGAGUAUGAUAUUACAUGGUGAUGCAGCAUUUGCUGGUCAAGGCGUUGUAUACGAAACGUUUCAUUUGAGUGAUUUGCCGGCAUACACGACGCAUGGAACUAUUCAUAUCAUUUGUAACAAUCAAAUUGGUUUUACAACCGAUCCGCGUAUGGCUCGUUCAAGUCCCUAUUGUACCGAUGUGGCACGUGUCGUUAAUGCACCAAUAUUUCAUGUUAAUGCUGAUGAUGUCGAUGCUGUUUUACAUGUGGCAAAAGUAGCGGCUGAAUGGCGUUGUACAUUUAAAAAAGAUGUUGUCAUUGAUUUGGUUUGUUAUCGACGUCACGGUCAUAAUGAAAUGGACGAACCAAUGUUUACACAACCAUUUAUGUAUAAAAAAAUUAAAAAACAAGCUCAUGUAUUAGAUAAAUGGUCACAAAAAUUGAUUAGUGAGGGUGCUAUUAAGAAAGAAUGGUAUGAGGCUGAAGAAGCUAAAUAUCAAAAAAUUCUUGAUGAUGCUUUUCAAAAUUCAAAAUCGCCUGCAUAUGCAAAAGAUAAAAACUGGCUCGAUUCUCCAUGGAAAGGUUUUUUCACGGGAAAAGGCCCAUUUCCCUAUCCUGAAACGGGCAUACCAGAAGAUACAAUAAAUACAAUUCUUACGAAAGCACAUGAAUUACCAGAUGGUUUUACGCUUCAUAAAGGUUUAAAACGUGUAUUUAAUAAUCGUGCCAAAUUAUUAAGUGAACGUACCGUCGACUGGGCAUUGGGUGAAUCUUUGGGCGUCGGAAGUGUUUUAUUAGACGGUCAUCAUGUACGAUUGAGUGGUCAAGAUGUUGAACGUGGAACAUUUUCACAUCGUCAUCAUGUUUUACAUGAUCAAGAAAAAGAUUUAGUAUUUCAUGUACCAUUAAAUUAUUUGAGUUCAACGCAAGGUCAUUAUACAAUAUGUAAUAGUUCAUUAUCAGAAUUUGCUGCAUUAGGAUUUGAAUUGGGUUAUUCAACAACAAAUCCAAAUUCAUUGGUUAUUUGGGAAGCACAAUUUGGUGAUUUUAUUAAUAAUGCCCAAUGUAUUAUAGACCAAUUUAUAUCUAGUGGACAAGCAAAAUGGGUUCGACAAAGUGGUAUUGUUCUAUUAUUACCGCAUGGCUAUGAAGGACAAGGUCCCGAACAUUCAUCAGCAAGAUUAGAACGAUUUUUACAAAUGGCUGAUGAAGAUGAAGAUUCUGUGCCUCAAUUACAAAGUGGAAAACAUUUACAUCAUAAUGAUCUUUCCAUGUACCAGUUAGAUGAAACAAAUUGGAUUGUAGCACAUUUAACAACGCCCGCCAAUUAUUUUCAUAUACUUCGACGACAAUUAGCAUUGCCGUUUAGAAAACCAUUGAUUAUGAUGUCACCAAAAUCAUUGUUACGUUUAGAAGAAGCACAUUCAAGUUUUGAUGAAAUGUUACCAGGUACAAAAUUUAAACGAAUUUAUCCAGAAGAAGGCGUAGCAGCUGAAAAUCCUGAAAAUGUUGAAAAAAUAAUAUUUUGUUCCGGUAAAACGUAUUACGAUUUAGUUAAAGAACGUGCACAAAAUAAAUUAGAAUCAAAAAUAGCUAUUGUACGAAUUGAACAAUUAUGCCCAUUUCCAUUUGAUUUAAUACAAGAUGAAUUAGAAAAAUAUAAAAAAGCAAAAAUAUGUUUUGCACAAGAAGAACAUAAGAAUAUGGGUCCAUAUACAUAUUGUAAACCUCGAUUAGCUUGUUUAUUACGAUCGAUAAAUGACCAACGUGAAGGAGAUAUCAAGUAUGCUGGCCGUGAAUCAGCUGCUUCUACAGCAACCGGUAUUAAAUCGAGUCAUUAUACGGAACAAAAAUUAUACAUGCAAACAGCAAUGGCAUUAUAG